CUGCCUUGCGUGGCAAACAUUAUUCAUAGUGGCAUUUCUCAUACUUUUGGAAUUAACCUCAAAAACGUACCAAAAACAGAGUUCCUGUAGAAUGUCUGUAACUCUAGACAUUAUUCUUCGUAAACCGGAUAAGGUCUACCACGAAGGAGAAAGUGUUAUCGGUACAAUCGCAAUUUUCACGCCUUCCGAUUUAAGGCACGAUGGCAUUAAUUUAUCUAUGGAUGGGUCUGUUAAUUUACAAUUGAGUUCCAAAAACGUAGGUAUCAUAGAAGCCUUCUAUAAUGCCGUUAAGCCCAUUCCUCUAAUAAGUGCCUUCUGUGAAGUGAGCAGUGCCGGUCGCAUACCGGCCGGCCACACAAAUAUUCCGUUCGAAUUACCCCUGCAACCAAGACCGAACAGAAGUUUACACGAAACGUACCACGGGGUCUUUAUAAACAUUAGCUACUCUCUAAAAUGCGAUGUGAAGAGGUCGUUCCUAUCGAAAGGUUUGCAAAAAACCCAGCAGUUUUUCGUGCAGUACGCGCCGAAGCCGACUCAACCUCUGCAUCCGGUUAGUUUCACCAUGAGUCCGACGUCGGUUACGUCAAAGAGCGGAGGAGUGCCAGACUUUUACAUAAGAGGCCACUUAGAUUCCACCUCGUGCAGUGUGCUAAGGCCGUUUACCGGACACAUUAUCUUAGAACGUUGCGAGAUGGCCGUUCGAUCCAUAGAGCUGCAAUUGGUGCGGGUCGAGACGUGCGGAUGCGCCGAGGGCUAUGCGAAGGACGGCACCGAAAUUCAAAACAUCCAGAUAGGGGACGGCGAUGUCCCACAUAAGAUCGCGAUACCAAUUUACAUGAUAUUUCCCCGUUUGUUUACGUGUCCCACACUUACCACCCCUAAUUUCAAAAUCGAGUUCGAAGUCAAUCUGGUGAUUAUCUUUGAGAAUGAUUACUUAGUAACGGAAAACUUUCCAAUAACAUUAACGAGAGAAUUAUAAAAUAGUGUUACAAUUUGUACAAUAAAUUUAUUGAGUAUCGGC